AUGCGCACCACGAAGCCAAUGGAUGACGAGCUGGUGGAACUGGUGAAGGAGCGACAACUUGUGCUGCUAAAUACAUGGAAGUCGGCGGCGCCGAGUAAGUGCUGCACCUUUACCAACAAUGGUCAUCGCUCUCAAAUUGACUUCCUGGUCCGACUGCAAGAGGCCGAGACCGCUGCCUCUAAGAACGACCUGGGUGCGGUGUACAGGGUUGUGAACAGCAUUGCUCCUAAGAGGCGUAGGGAGAAGGAAUUUGAAGAGAUCUAUGGCUACUUCAGGAAAGCCUUUUCGAGUGCCGAACCAUACGAGAUGCCGCAGGUCGUCGAACCGCUGUCAUUUACAGUUGAAGAGGUGCAGACUGCCAUUCAACAGCUCAAGCGUGGCAAAGCUGUACCUACCGCCAGUUUGCCAGCUGAUGUGUGGUUGCUGGACGCAAACUCAAUGGCCCAGGUUUGCACCCGCAUCUUUAAUCGCUGCAAUCUCGACCAUAACCGCUACCCAGCAGAAGCCACAUGCUGUGAGCUGUCGCUCCUCCAGAAAGCGGGACGAGCAGGGCGCCGGCCACAGGAUCUGCGCCCGCUCGGACUGCAAGAUCCGGGUUCGAAGACGCUGGCAGUGGUACUCAGGUCUCGCAUUCUCCCUUACAUUACGGAUUACAUAGCCACCCGACCUCAAUACGCUUACUGUCCCGGUAAAGCUAUUGACGAAGCAAUAAGUCGAGUGGCCCGACAUUGUAAGUAUGUGAGGGUGGAUGCCCGAGCCGCCUAUGCCAAGCAGCAGAUCGAUCUAUGCUUCGAGCACGACCAGGAGGGCGAGAGGCCCGACAAGGAGGCCGACGCGGAGGAAGCCAGGCCACCCAAGUGGGCGAAGCCGGAGGGCAAAGGCUCCUCACAGGAUGGCUGGGACAAUUGGCGGAGCAAGAAGCGCAACUGGGGCGCGGCGAAGGACCAAAGCUGGGGCCAGGCACGAAGCCGAUCUCCAAAUGUGGAGAACCGACACCAGUUUUGUGAUCUUCGUCGAUACUUCACCCACUCAUGCCUGGCAGCCAUUCGGGACGCCGUGGAACGGUGGCAGGAGCUGUUCAUCGCGGGCAAAGUGACCAUGGCACUGAAGACGACCCUCUUCAUGGGAAUGAUGAGCAAGCUCAAGAAAGCGGUGGAGGAGCUCCAGGUCGACGAGAACAAGAUCGGCCGUUGCAAGGAGGCAGGCUGGGUCAAAGAAGGAGCCACAGCCCUCGACCCAGCCUUCGUUUACCAUGCCUGGGACACCAAGAACAAACAGCAGGUGGAAGCGGAGACACAACCGCUACCGCUGACCACCGUUCUCAAGGACCUCGACGUGGCCUUGCGGUGCCUCUCCAAAGAAGGUGUUCUGCUUCGCUUUCGGAGCACCCAGGAGCUCACGGAGAACAUGACGGGGGAAGUCGUCCCGUUCAUGGCGACGAUCAGCCUCCGAUCAAAAGAAGCCGACGACCUCCACCAGAUCAUGCAGCGUUUGGCCGGUUGCGCGUGCUGCAAGUUGCUGGGGAUGCGGAUCAAGCCGGAAAGGGGUGCACGCUCCAACAUGAGCAAGCUCCUGGAGCAAGCAUAUAUGAGUCAGGACUUCUGCGAAUGGAAGCCGAGGAGGAACAACCGUUCCCAGGGCUCGGCCUAG